AUGGCCAACGAGACGCCCGACACGCGCGGCGCUGCCGACAUUGAAAAGAUAGAAAAUUCCUCCCAGACCAGACAGGCUUCACUCCCAGAUGACUCGCCACAAAAGCCAGACAGCGUCUCGGCCGACGCGCAGGUCGGCGUCCAGGCCGUCGAGGCCACCACCAUCGUUUGGGGCAAGUGGCACUUGGUCGGGGCCUACGGCAUAAUAUGGCUCAUCUACUUCAUCACGUCGACGCAAGAGGUUGUCCUCCGCACGGUGCAGCCCUUUAUCACGAGCACCUUUUCAGCGCACCCGCUGACGGCCACGACGACGGUCAUGUCGAGCAUCUUUGGCGGCCUGUCCAAGCUCGUCAUCGCCAAGAUCCUCGACACCUGGGGGCGGCCGCAGGGGCUGACGCUGACGCUGGCCAUCUGGGUUGUUGGGAUUGCAAUGAUGGCGGCGUCCAGGGGCGUCGAGAUGUACGCGACGGCCAUGGUGUUUUCGACGGUCGGUGCCCAGGGCGUCAGCUACUGCCUCACCGUCUUCAUCGCCGACACGUCGUCCCUUCGCAACCGCGGCCUGAUGCUCGCCUUUGCCACGUCGCCCUACAUCGUCACGACCUGGCUCGGCGGCCCCUGGGCCGACUCGGUGCUGGCCGGCCCGGGCUGGCGCUGGGGCGUCGGCACCUUUGCCAUCCUGACCCCCGCCGUCGUCCUGCCGCUGUCGGGCCUCUUCCUCUGGAACCAGCGCCGCGCCCGCCGCUUCGGCCUCAUCCCGCCCCGCAGCCGCCGACUGCCCGGCCUCGCCGACGUGCGCACCUACUGCGUCGACGUCGACCUGCUCGGCAUCCUGCUGCUGGCCGCCGGCAUGGCGCUGACGCUGCUGGCGCUCAACAUAUACCAGCUCCAGGCCGAGCGCUGGCGGUCGCCGCUCAUCGUCUCGUUCCUGGUCUGCGGGCCGCUGCUGCUCGCCGCGUUUGCCGUCUGGGAGGCGCGCUGGGCGCCCGUCAAGUUCAUCCCGAUGCACCUGCUGACGGACCGCACCGUCUUCUUUGCGGGCGUGACGGUGCUCUUUGUCUUUUUCUCGUCGGCCGUGUGGGGCAGCUGGUUCACGUCGAUGCUGCUGGUGGCCUUUAACCAGCGCGUGUCGACGACGACGUACAUCACCAACAUCUACCGCACCGGCUCGUGCCUGUCGGCGCUGGCCAUCGGCUACCUGAUCCGGCGCUCGGGCCGGUUCCGCUGGGUGGCGCUGUGGUUCGCGCUGCCGCUGACGAUGCUCGGGGUCGGGCUGAUGAUACGCUUCCGCACGCCCGAGGCGGCCGACUCGGUGGGCGGCGUGGUGGCGACGCAGGUGCUGGUCGCGCUGGCGGGCGGGCCGCUCGUGGUGGCGGCCGAGAUGGCCAUGAUGGCGCCGCUGGACCACCAGCACGUCGCGGCCAUCAUCGCCAUCCUGGACCUGUUUGGCGGGCUCGGCACCGCGCUCGGCUCGACCGUCGCGACCGCCAUCUGGGCCGCCGUGUUCCCGGGCGCGCUGGCCCGCCGCCUGCCCGCCGCCAUGCUGCCGUCGGCCGACCGCAUCUACAGCAGCAUCUACUUCCAGCUGGGCUACCCCUGGGGGAGCCCGACGCGCAUGGCCAUCGCGUGGGCCUACGCCGACGCCCAGCAGUACAUGCUCAUAGCGAGCGUGUGCCUGCUUGCUGUCGCGUGGCUGGCCGUGUUGCCCUGGCGCGACAUUCGGGUGGACGAGGUCAAGCAGACCAAGGGGAACGUGGUGUGA